AUGGAACUAAGUCGGACGCUGCUGUUGUUAACUAACUUAUUUGUACUAAGCUACUUGGCUAUGACUUCCUUACACGUCAAGCAUGAGCACCUUAUCAAGACAUCGGAGUGCCAUAUUCCAUACUCCCCAAAAAAAAUGCAAACUAUAAAAAAGUACACUGAUAAUAUCAAAUUGUGCUCCGCAGACGAUGACUUGAUAAGCAUUCGCUUUGACGAGAAAAUGCAGCAAUAUGUGUUGAAUGUAAACGAUAAUAUUGCCCAGUUGAGACUAGGGGCUAUGGAGGAGAAAUCCCCCUUAGUAGGCUACAACUGCAGUUAUCGCAAAAUCCUUAGGGUCAAUCGCAAUACAACUGCCGAUGCACCCGUUUUUUUAAGUGAGGAAGUCGCGUUUUCGGAUGGCUAUGUUGUGCCCCGUGAUGUCGAGGGUCUAAAAGCAGCCUGUCGAAAUGAACUGGCCGAGGAUCUACAAUCAGACACUUUUGCCCUUGUGCAACCUCUUCAGACCUAUACCCCACUUAUUUCGUGGCAUAGAAGACCCAAUGUUGUUAUGAUUGGAGUCGAUGGCGUUUCCCAAAUCAACUUCCGACGCAAUAUGCCCUUAAUAUUGAAGCAUCUGAGAAUGCAGGGGUGGUUCCAAAUGGUCGGAUAUACCAGAGUGGGUGAGGGUGCCCUGCCCAAUUUAAUGGCUUUACUAACGGGCUACAGUCCUCAUACUUGGAUGAAUCUGAAGUGCGGCUUAAGUAAAAUUGGUUGCAUUAAGACAAUGCCGUUGAUAUGGAAGCGUUUUAAAAAGAAGGGCUAUAUCACUGCCUAUGCCGAAGGAAUGUCCGACUUGACUAUAUUCAAUCUGGACAAGUCUGGAUUUUUUAAAAGUCCUAUGGACUUUUAUGCUCGACCUUUUCUGAAGCAAAACAUGAGACGAGACUGCAUUGGCAGGCGCUUGAAUACCAAGUACAUCUACGACUGUUGUGAGCAAUAUUUAAAGCGACAUGCAAACUCAACUCGACCGAUGUUUGGAAUUUUUUUUGCCAACAGUAUAAACUCUGAGCAAUCCUAUGCUAAUGAUAAAAUGCAAGUUGACCUCAUGGAAAUGUUGACAAAACUAAAAAAAACGGGUGUUCUUUCCCAGUCGAUUGUUAUUCUUUUCAGCGAUCAGGGACCAAUGCGAAAGGGAAAGAAUAAGGACUUCCUCGAGGAAAGCCUGCCCAUUUUGUUUUUUUGGCUACCACCGUGGUUCAGGGUAAUGCAUCCGGAAAUAGUUCAGUCCUUGAGGAUCAAUAGUAACCGACUGACUUCCCCAUACGACCUACAUCUCACCCUGCAGCACCUUUUAGAGCUGGGGGAACGUUGGCCUCGAGUGGUGGACAAGCUAGUGGAUUGUCCCACCUGUCAGACUCUCCUUGCUCCAGUCCCCGAGAAUCGUACUUGUUCGGAUGCCGGAAUAGGAGAAUCACACUGUCCGUGUGAUAGCUACAAGCUGCUUAACGUCAAGCAGAUUAAGCAAUUGUCCUUGGGAAAGCUACUCGUCCGCAGCAUCAACGAAUUCCUGCACCAUUACAAUUUGCAGGAGCUCUGCUCCAAUCUCACAUUGAAAUCAGUCAAAACGGUUCAACAACGAAAGGACAAAAAGGUGUCAGAUGGCAGCACCUAUCGAGUGCAAUUCACUGCCAGCCCGAACAACCCAAGGUUUUCAGCCACUACACGCUACAAUCACAAGCACCAAGUUUUGGAAUACAUAAAUGUAGAGUCCGUAAGUCGAUUGAAUCACUACCAAAAUGAUUCCGAUUGCAUGCGCCGAAUACGAGGCAGGAAGUUCUGUAUUUGCGAGAGCCGAAUCGUAAAGGGUAAUUCGCAAUCAAAGGAUAAUGCCAAAGAGAAACAGAAUAAAAUAAAGAAAACGAAGAAAGAAGUUCCGAAGAAGAAAAAAGUAGAUGACAGCUUAUAUGAACUACCAGACAUGCAGCCAGAAAUCAACGAAGAUAUUGAAAUUAUCUCCGUAUAGGUGUGUUAUGCCAGAAAUGAAGUGCAGCUCUCCCUACUUUUAGACUAUUUAGUUAUAACGGAGUUUAGCAGUAGAGGUCUGCUGUUAAUGUUCGUUAUUGGUUUUAUCCCAACUAUCUAGCUUGCUCAGCGUUCUUACGGACGGACAGACGAACAUGCGGAAAAACGGACAGACGCACAUGGCUAGUCGCCUCAGCUGGUGAUCAUGACCAAAAAUAUACUUUAUAGGGUCGGAAAAGUUUCAUUCAACCUGAUACAUACUUUCCGACCAUUCCAAUAUACGCUUUUAAUCUACGGGUAACGGGUAUACAAAACUAAGAAUGAACUUUGCCGACUUAACAGCUUAUGUGAGUAACCAUUGUCCAAUUUAAUUUCAGCACGUAUUUAAUUUAUUAUACAAUUUAAAACAAGUAGAAAAAUAAAAUCUAUGGUGUAAAAUGCCAAAGGACGUGCCACAGCAUAAAUCACAUAAAAAAAAAAUAAAACUUGUGUAUAGAUUAAAAAGAAAGGUACGUUUUUUUAUAGAUUUUCGUGGUGUGGUGCACUAUGACCUCCACCUCCACCUCCACCAGGCUAAACUGUUAAUAAGGAAUAUUAUUUAAGGGUUAUUCGUAUCAUAGUCAGCAACAACUCUUGGUUUUUGCAUCACGAUAAGGAGAUAUAAGAAGAAGACGCUAAUGGCUAUACCGGGAAUUGAAUAGUUGGCAUGUUUCGAGGAUUGGAAAAAACGUUGGC